AACGGCGCGUGCGUGCGCCACAUUUACGUGCGUGCGCCUUUACGCCAUGAUGGUAUCCGCCUCGCGCUCGCGGAUGCUGUGGCGGCGGUGCAGGUAGACACGUCACGUUACGUCACGCCACGCCGUCUGCUCAGGAUCACGUCGUUUUUGUAGGGAGAAGAAAGGUUUCUCCGGUGCGUGUUUGUGCUGACAUGGCGGCGUCCGUGUGGCGCUAAGCCGCGGUUCCGCAGGGCCGACGCUGGCUUCGUUUGGUUUUCCUUUUUAAAUCGAGGAUUAUUUGAAGGAGAACCAUGACGACUGGUCAGGAUGAAAGUUCGGUUCGUGUGGCGCUGAGGAUCCGUCCUCAGCUGGCCCGGGAGAAGAUUGAAGGAUGUCACAUCUGCACAUACGUGAUGCCCGGAGAGCCUCAGGUCAUCCUGGGCAAAGACAAGGCCUUCACCUACGACUACGUCUUUGACAUGGACUCCCAACAGGAUGCCAUCUAUGGCACCUGCACGGAGAAGCUGAUUGAGGGUUGCUUCGAGGGCUACAACGCCACCGUCUUUGCAUAUGGACAGACUGGUUCAGGGAAGACGUACACCAUGGGGACGGGCUUUGAUGUCAACAUAGCGGACGAUGAACUGGGCAUCAUCCCCCGUGCUGUCCACCACCUCUUCAAGGGAAUAGAGGAGCGCCGGCAAGCCGCCCAGGAGCAGGGUCGCCCCAUGCCCGAAUUUAAGAUCAACGCGCAAUUCCUUGAGCUUUACAACGAGGAAGUUCUGGACCUCUUUGACUCCACAAGAGAUAUGAAACAGAAGUCUCACGUCAAGAUUCACGAGGACGCCAACGGUGGCAUCUACACUGUGGGAGUGACCACACGCACCGUGUCCUCAGAGGCUGAGAUGAUGCAGUGCCUCAAGCUGGGCGCUUUGUCUCGUACCACCGCCAGCACGCAGAUGAAUGUCCAGAGCUCUCGAUCCCACGCCAUCUUCACCAUCCACUUGUGCCAAGUCCGCGUCUGUGCCUCCGACAAUCAUGAAGAUGAAGCUGACAACAGGGUCUCCAAUGGCAACGGGGACAUGGACGAGUACGAGACUCUGACCGCCAAGUUUCACUUUGUGGAUUUGGCCGGCUCCGAGAGAUUGAAGAGGACGGGCGCCACAGGAGACCGAGCCAAAGAGGGCAUCUCCAUCAACUGUGGACUGCUUGCCCUAGGGAAUGUAAUCAGCGCUUUGGGCGACCGGAGCAAGCGGUCGUCACACGUGCCUUACAGAGACUCCAAACUGACCCGGCUUCUGCAGGACUCAUUAGGAGGAAACAGCCAAACGGUGAUGAUCGCGUGCAUCAGCCCGUCCGACCGUGACUUCAUGGAAACGCUCAACACUCUGAAGUAUGCCAACCGAGCCAGGAACAUCAAGAACAAGGUGAUGGUGAACCAGGACAAGGCCAGCCAGCAGAUCAGCGCCCUGAGGACGGAGAUCGCUCGGCUGCAGAUGGAGCUGAUGGAGUACAAGACGGGUAAACGCUUGGCAGGCGAGGACGGCGUGGAGAGCUUCAGUGACAUGUUCCACGAGAACUCCAUGCUGCAGACGGAGAACAGCAACCUGAGGGUAAGGGUGAAGGCCAUGCAGGAGACCAUAGAUGCUCAGAGAGCUCGACUCACCCAGUUGCUCAGCGACCAGGCCAACCAGGCUCUGGCCAGGGCAGGUGAAGGAGGCAGCGAGGAAAUUGGCAACAUGAUUCAGAGUUACAUCAAAGAGAUUGAAGACCUCAGAGCCAAACUUCUGGAGAGCGAGGCAGUGAAUGAAAACCUACGGAAGAAUUUGUCGCGCGCCUCCAACCGCCAGUCGUUCUACGCAGGCUCCAUGCUGGCGCCCGAGAAGGAAACAUCAGACAUCAUUGAAAUGGCCAAGAAAGACCUGGAGAAACUCAAGAAGCGUGAAAAAAAGAAAAAGAAAAGACUCCAGCAGCUGUUGGAGGAGCGAGAGAGGGAGGAGGUGGUGGAGGAGGUUGAGGACGUCAGUGUCUGCAAGGAGGAUUUCCCCGACAACGAACAGGAAAAGGAGAAAGAGAACACAGAGCGAGUGAAUGACGACACAGAAAUGGAGGCACAAGAGGCUAGUGACCAUGAAGAAGAAGAUGAUGAGGAGGAUGAUGAGGACAUGGAGGUCGAGGAGAGCUCCGACGACUCAGACUCUGAGUCAGACGAGAAAGAGGACUUCCAGGCCGACUUGGCCAACAUCACCUGCGAGAUCGCCAUCAAGCAGAAGUUGAUUGACGAGCUGGAGAACAGCCAGCGACGCCUGCACACACUCAAGCAGCAAUACGAGCAGAAGCUGAUGAUGCUGCAGUGCAAGAUCAGGGACACGCAGCUGGAGAGGGACCGGGUCCUCCAUAACAUGAGUUCGGUGGAGACUGGCUCGGAUGACAAGGCUCGUAAAAUCAAAAUGGAGUACGAGAAGAAGCUGAGCCUCAUGAACAAGGAGCUCCAGAAGCUCCAGUCGGCCCAGAAGGAGCAUGCACGCCUUCUGAAGAACCAAUCACAGUACGAGAAGCAGCUCCGGAAGCUUCAGUCGGAUGUGACUGAAAUGAAGAAGACCAAGGUUCGCCUCAUGAAGCAGAUGAAAGAGCAGCAGGAGAAGAACAGGAUGAACGAGUCCCGGAGAAACCGAGAGAUUGCUACCUUGAAGAAAGACCAGCGCAAACAAGAGCACCAAUUGAAGCUGCUGGAGGCACAGAAAAGGCAACAGGAGCUCAUCCUCAAGAGGAAAACUGAGGAGGUGACAGCACUAAGAAGACAGGUCAGACCCACCUCGGGGAAGGUCAUCAGGAAAAUCAACCUACCAGAUUCUUCCCAGGAGUCGUCUCACCGCCCUCCCUCCGGACGCUUGUACUCUGGUCACACUGCUCCCAACGGCACUCGGUCCUCCCCGAGACGUACUGGCAGCAUUUACUCCACAAGGAUGGCUCGCAACAAGUGGCAGUCUCUGGAGCGACGUGUCUCUGACGUCAUCAUGCAGAGGAUGACCAUCUCAAACAUGGAGAAUGAUAUGAACCGCCUCCUCAAGCAAAGGGAGGAGCUGACCAAGCGUAAGGAAAAGGUUGUCAAGAAACGGGACCGUCUGGUCAAAGAGGGGUCUGACACAGAGAAGGCGGCGCUUCCCCUGAACGAGGAGGUGGACACCCUGACCGCCAACAUCGACUACAUCAAUGACAGCAUCGCAGACUGUCAGGCCAACAUCAUGCAGAUGGAGGAGACCAAGGAGGAGGGCGACACAGUGGACGCCUCUGCUGUGAUUGGUUCGUGUACCCUAGUGGAGGCUCGAUUCCUGCUGGAUCACUUCAUGUCCAUGGCUAUAAACAAGGGUCUCCAGGCGGCCCAGAAGGAGUCUCAGGUGAAGGUGAUGGAGGGCAGGCUGAAGCAGACGGAGAUCACCAGUGCCACACAGAACCAGCUACUCUUUCACAUGCUGAAGGAGAAGGCAGAGUUCAACCCAGAGCUGGAUGCCCUGCUCGGCAACGCUCUCCAAGAGCUAGGUAAUGCCUCAGCUGAAAACGGUGAUGACAGCAGCAGCGACGAGUCAACCGCCAGCCCCUCUGUGGAUGGAAACGCUGUGCCAUCAGAUGUCAUGAAGAUCUGUGGCGACACCAAGUCCAGGAGCAAGGCUCGCAGGAGGACCACCACUCAGAUGGAGCUCCUGUACGCCAACAGUGACUCCGCCACUGACUGUCACAUGGGCGACUUUUCCAGCCCCAUGUUGCCAUUGGCAGAGACACCAGACGGCAGCGGAGAUUUUGACAAUUUGGGUUCAUCCGUCAGAGACUUUACGGCGCUCUCGCCUGGAUUCUCUUCUAAAAUGGGCAGCGUUUCGGUCUCCAGAGUGCCGUCGACCAUGGAAAAGAGGGCGCCGGAGCCUUCGCCACUCUCUCGCAGGAAGACCUAUGACAAGGCCCAAGCGGCGUGCGACAGGGCAAAGUUCAAGCAGAUUAAACAGGGCGUCAUUAACCCAGUGCCGGCCACCAAGAGCAGCCGCUCGGCAUCUCUGCAGUGCGUCCACGUGGCUGAAGGACACAGCAAGGCUGUCCUGUGUGUCGACUGCACUGACGACCUCCUUUUCACCGGAUCCAAAGACCGCACCUGCAAGGUGUGGAACCUGGUGACGGGUCAGGAGAUAAUGUCGCUGGCCGGCCACCCCAACAACGUGGUGUCUGUGCGCUACAGCUCCAGUCUGGUCUUCACUGUCUCCACCUCCUACGUCAAAGUCUGGGACAUCCGAGACUCGGCCAAGUGCAUCCGAACGCUCUGCUCUUCGGGUCAGGUUCACGUUGGAGACGUCUGCUUGUCCACCACCAGCCGGACCGUCACCAUCUCGGCAGGAGAGAACCAGAUCAACCAGGUCGCUCUAAACCCCAAUGGCUCCGUCCUGUACGCCGCGGCAGGAAACUCUGUCAGGGUCUGGGAUCUCCGAAGGUUUGCAUCCACUGGGAAGCUGACUGGUCACCAGGGUCCUGUUAUGUGUUUGACUGUGGAUCAGUCAGGGAACAACCAAGACCUGGUCAUCACCGGCUCCAAAGACCAUUAUGUCAAGCUCUUUGAUGUGUCCGAUGGCUUGCUGGGAAGCAUCAGCCCAACACACAACUUUGAACCCCCGCACUACGACGGUAUAGAGUCACUGGUUGUCCAGGGGGACAUCUUCUUCAGUGGCUCUCGGGACAAUGGCAUCAAGAAGUGGGACCUGGACCGCAAAGACCUGCUACAGCAAGUCCCAAACGCCCACCGUGACUGGGUGUGCGCCUUGGGAUUGGUACCUGGUGCGCCGGCCCUCCUAAGCGGCUGUAGAGGCGGGGUGCUCAAACUGUGGCACACGGACACUCUGGCCGCAUUGGGCGAGCUCAAAGGUCACGACAGUCCCAUCAACGGCAUCGCCACCAACAGCGGACACCUAUUCACCGCUUCUGAUGACCGCACAGUGAAGAUCUGGCGUGCCCGAGGAGGACUGGACGGCACCUUAGAGGCGGCGGACAAUGCAGACGAGGUGGCUAGUAUUUGAAUACGGCGCUUCCUGCUGGUUGACCUUGCUGGAAGAACCCUGCUGCUAUAUCCUAUGAUUUGGCGCUGCCCUGCACUUUGACCCCUGGCUUGGCUCAACCCCAGUAAUUGACCUUACACUAAACACGCACAUCAUACAACAUCUCAUGGUGGUUGUUAUUAGCAUCUUGCUGAUCAGCACGUGAUGGGUUGGUAGCUGGUCUAAACAACCCAGGAUGUCCUCAUGUCUCACGUGUGGCUUCAUGUCCUCCUCCUCCUGAUUUCAGUCCACAUGUCCACAGUGGACAUGCCAUGAGGAAGGGGUGAGACACUUCCUGGUUGAACCUGAUGGGAUGUAUUUUAGUUUACAUGUUCUUCACGUGCUGGAAGUCUAGACUUGAUUGUGUUGCGCCCUGCCCACAAGGCACUCCCGCCACGUAUUAAGUAACCACCAGUUGUCUCUACUAAGAGCAGCAUUUGAGGAUGUUACAUUCUACAUAAGUAUUGUUAUGGUCCACGCUGCAUACACAUAUUUGUACAUUGACGUAGUGACAUUGUCUGUAUGCCAUACAUGUACAUGGACAUGUUUCUUUACAUGUGGUCCACCCUGUACACUCAUGUUAACCUGGUCUAAACAUCAUACAGGCAUGUAGACAUGGUCUGCACUCACUAUAUUUACUAUGUUGACAUGCUCUGUGCUCACUUUAGGUAAGUUGAUAUCAUCCAUCAAAUUGGCAGUACACAUAUUUUACGUAAUGUAUAAUGACAAGGUCCGUGCUUGCUUAAUUAGGGUGGCACAGUCCACGCGCGUAUGUUGCCGUGGUCCCUGUUCAUUAAAAAUAUUUUGAAAAUGUACCACACUCGCUCUAUGUACUUUGACACGUUCUGUGCUCACUUGAUGUAAAUCGUUGUAGUCACUGUCACAUUGUCAGUACACCUAUUUUAUGCUCAGAUAUGUAGACAAUUAUGACAACACAAUACAAUACAAAUGUCGACAUGGUCCUCACUUACCACACUUGCAGUGGCACCAUAUGCGCUCACAUGUAUAUUGAUGUGAUCUAUACUGACUACAUAUGUACGGCACGGUCCAGUCAAUACAUGUAUGACUACAGUGUCCGUGCCCGUUUUAUGUAUGUUGACCGGGUCCGCGCUCACAUGGACACAUGCUUAUGUUAUGUGUGUCCAUUUUUGCGAUAUACACAAUCCUUGCAGUGGCAAUGGUCCACACUCACUCACUUGUGUGUUGGUGUCUCCUCACAUCAAUUAGAGGGCUUGUCUUGGUGCACUGCAGGGGAUGUCCACUGGUUGCCGUAGCAAUGUACUAUGUAUGUACAGUGUAUUUAUGUCACAGACCUUUUAAGUGAGGAAAAGCCUUCAGACUCUGAUUGUCACAUGUUCGCUUCAGUAACACUUGUCAGGAUGAUGAUGUCAUGGUGUAUUAUGACAUAUAACUGAAUGUUCCUCACAUCCUGUGGGACCACCAGUUUGAACGUAGGAGGAAGCCAUGUGGGACUUCCUCCACUGAAGCCAAGGACUGUAUUUAAUGAAUUCAUGCUUAGACUUUAGUUUUCGUUUGGUCCGCUGUCUCCCCCUCCCCAUGCCCCUCAUUUGCAACUAUAGAAGCCAUGUUCCAAAUGGCCGUUUGUGUAGACAUUCAAAUGUCAGAUGAUGCCUGCUGAGAAUAAACGCCAUCUGUCAAAAACAAACAUCUCCCUCAGGCUUUCUUUACACAGUUUUGUCGUUUAAAUGUUCUUUUAGGCACUUUAGAAAUGCUAACAAGGUCACUUUGCAACCUUUUCCUAUUUUGUGUCCCAAACAGGAGGAAAACUGACCUUUUAUACGCCAUACUUGGACAUCGUCUUUAAUUUGCAACCUGACAUCUGCUGUUGGUUUUGUGAUCCCACCAAACAUAUUCAUUGUUGUCCCCCCAGGUAAUAAUCUCCUUUUAUGAAUUUUGGCUACAAAGAAGGCUGGAUGUGUCUAUGAAAUGUGAGCUACCACUUGUGUCCUCCAGAUGGCAGAAGUGUCAUAAAGGUUGGCCAAUCUUUACCA